AUGGCAAAGGAACUGGAAUGGUUUGAUAAUACGGAACAUGAAAUUUUAAGAGUUGCGAAUCGGUGCCAUACUCAAAUUACCGAGUUUCAACUCGCGGCUUCGCAGCCUUUGGGGUUAUUACUCCAAGCGGCCGUAUCCGCUGUUGCAUGUCUUAUCAUAGCAUUCUAUUUUUCGUGGCAUUUAACCUUGAUAUGCUUAGCUGGUAUGCCGGUGGCGGCUCUCGCCGUCGCCUUCUUUUCGAACGGGAUGGAAAAUGGUAUUGGUCAACAAUCACUAGCACUCGGUUCUGCCGCUCAGAGCAUCUCUCGCGCGGUAAAGGGUAUCGACACCGUUAAAUACUUCAAUGGUCAGGAAAUGGAAAUAAGCCUUUAUGGGACCGCUGUUAAAGCUGCAGGGUUAGCGUACAAUAGAAUCGCCAAGUACGCUGCCUUUCAGAAUGCCAUAUUGCGGUUUCUCACCCUUAUGGUUUUCGUGCAAGGAUUUUGGUAUGCUACGACACUGGUAACAAUAACAACAACGUUUCAAGAGUAUUCUGGGUAUAUGACUGCUUUCUGGGCGUGCCUUAUUGCGGGACAACAGAUUGAAACUAUAUUCCCGUUAGUUAUUGUGUUGGAGAAAGGGAAGUAUGCGGCGUCAAAUUUACGAAGAUUGACGAUGGUAGAUGUUGAAUUCGACUUAGCGAGGAGAAGAGCUGGGGUUUCACCUAGGAAGUGCAACGGAUUUAUUGCAUUUCAAGAUGUUAGAUUUCACUACCCGUCUCGUAGAGACGUCGCUAGUCUUAAUGGACUAUCGAUGUUUGUGAACGCAGGCGAGACUGUAUUCAUCGUAGGAAAAUCCGGUUGCGGCAAGAGCACUCUUGCAAACCUCCUUCUUACCGUCUGGAAACAUAACUCCGGCAGCAUCCUCAUUGACGAGAAUCCUUUGGAGAAGCUCGACCGCAAAUGGAUCCAUGACAACGUAACUUAUGUUCCCCAACGACCGGCUUUAUUCAAUGAAUCUAUCUCUCGCAAUAUUCGCUUCGGAAAGGCAAAUACAGACAACCUAACUCAUAAGGAUAUUUGGCGCGUCUGUGACGAUGUCUUCCUUACUGAAGUAAUCACGGGUCUACCCAAUGGUCUUCGUACGAAACUCAGAUCAGGAGGUACAAAUCUCUCUGGCGGUCAAAGGCAACGGAUCUCUCUUGCCCGCGCUCGGCUCCGUGACACCCCUAUCAUGAUCUUGGACGAACCCACUACAGGACUUGAUGAAGCUACUAAGGUACUCGUCAUGAAUACUCUCCGAGAGUGGCGUAAAGACAAGACGACGAUCAUUAUCACACAUAAUCUGUCUGAUAUUCGACCGAACGACUGGGUCUAUGUCAUGGAUGCUGGGAGGGUUGUACAAGUAGGUGAAAGGAGAACUUUAGAGGCACUCUAUCAAGGGCCCUUUGCAGAUCUUCUAAAGAAUGUGGAAACUCCAUACGAAGAAUCCAUUCCGCCAGAAUCCUGCUACGAAGAGUCGUUGAUAGACUGCUAUAUGGAUGACCCCGAGAAAGAAAACCAAUGUCCAAAUAGAACCACGAUUCUACCGUUUGUAGAAAAUUCUAUUAACGCAUUCAGACAAUCACUCGCCCCGAGAGCUCAUAAAUCCUUCAAUCCGUCCAGGGUGACCUUCCAGAAUCAUAGAGCUACUACAGCGCCGCCGCCGGUCCCCAGCCGUUCUCAAACUAUCAAGCGCGCGACAAGUCAAUCUCGCAAACGGCCCCGACGAACCCGUCAAAGCAUGGAAGAAAUACCCCCAAAACCAGAAUGCAAGUCGACUAUGAUAAAAGGCCAACAAGGACUCCGUCACAUAUUCUCUACAAUUGGCCCACAUACCAACUGGUCAGAUAAACUUGGUAUCGCCAUCGGUCUCUUAUGUUGCAUAGUCUCUGCUGCCGCAACUCCGGCCUUCUCUUUCGCGCUGGCUCGCCUGGUUUACAUCUUCUUUACGGAUCUUUCUGGUACAGGGACCAAAGCUGCGUUUUGGGCAUUAGUGAUUACCGGCAUAGCCUUACUCGACGCCGCCACUUCUUCUCUACAACUUUUCUUACUCGAAAAGUCGGCCCAACGCUGGAUUGAUUCCGUAAGGAUCAGGGCAUACGGAUUGGUUAUGAGCCAGGCAAGAUCAUGGUUCGAUGUCGACAAAAACAAGAUUAGCCGGAUAGCCCAGGACUUAGAAGGAAACGCUGAAGAGAUGAGGAAUUUGCUCGGGCGGCAGCUGGGAUUCGCGGUUGGUGCGUUAACGAUAUUAGGAAUUGGUGUCGGCUGGAGCUUUACGCAAGAUGUACAGCUUACGGCUGUCGGACUUGUCGCAAUACCUAUAUUAUUACUCGUUCUGAGAGUAUUUUCAUGGGUAACUGAACGGUGCGAGGAGAGAUGUAAUGGAGAGUCUGAACAGCUGGCUAUCUUUCUGAGAGAUAUGUUGGAUAAUAUAGUGGCUGUGAGGACUUUAUCAUUGAAGGGGUACUUUGAUCAUAAACACCAUCGACUCUUGAGGAGAAGCCUAAGUGCGGGAAGGAAACGCGCGGUGUGUACGGGUUUAACGGUGGGGUUGAGUGACACCGGAGUGUUUCUAGCAACUGCAUUGCUAUUCUGGUACGGCGCUCGUCUUAUCGUUCAAAAUGGCCUAGCACUCGAGAAAGCACUCACAGUAUUUUCUAUGCUUCUCUUCAGUCUUUCCAAUAGCGCAGCAACUUUGCGGAUAGUCCCCCAAGUUUCUGCAAGUAAAGACUAUGCACGCCGAGUUCUUCGACUCCUCGAGUUAAAAUCCAUCAGUCACGAAAACCAAGGCUCUCGCAAAAUAGAUCUAGAUGGAUCCUUGAUCAUUCGCGAUGUCUCAUUUUCGUAUCCAUCAAGAAGACGAGCGACAGUUUUAAGGGGUAUUAAUUUACAGAUCAAUCCCGGAGAGUUUAUCGCUAUUGUUGGUAGCUCUGGAUCAGGAAAGAGUACUCUGGUAUCCUUGAUGGAGAGGUUAUAUUCCCCCAGCUCGGGUGAAGUCAUCUUCUCUGGAUAUCAAUCUUCAGACCUCGAUAUCGGACACUUAAGAAGACAGAUAGCGAUAGUUCCACAGAACCCAUACCUAUUCCCAGCUUCUGUCCGAGAAAAUAUUCUAUACGGUUCGAACGAGCAUUAUAAACUCUCGGGAAGCAUGCACGGCGAACGUGGCCCACAAAUCCAGCAAAUAAUCAAUGCUGCAAACGCAGCCGGCCUUGGGGAGUGGAUCAAUGGAUUAAAACACGGAUAUGACACCUUACUCAAUAUGGGAGAUGAGAGUCUAUCAGGAGGGCAACUACAGAAAAUCGCAAUUGCGAGAGCCUUAGUUCGUGAUCCGAGGAUUUUGAUAUUGGACCAAGCUACAGCUGGGUUGGAUGCUGCUAGUUCAUCUACGGUAUUAGAUUCGGUGUGGAGUUUGAAAAAUAAAGGAGUUAGUGGUGGAUGGAGAGGAUGGGGUACUACAGUAAUUAUGGUGACGCAUAAGACGGAUAUGAUGAGGAUGGCGGAUAGAGUUGUGGUUUUGGAAGAAGGGAGGGUAGUCGAUGAGGGUAACUUUACGGAUUUGAUUACCCGGAGUGAGAGUUUUAGACGGUUAUUAAAGAAACAAGAGGAGGAAGAUAAUUUUGUAUAG